GAUGUCUUCCAGAGCUUUUCAAGUGGGGAGAGAAGAGCGACAAAAUGAAAAUGCAACGUGUAGGAGAGGCCGCCCCAGUCCCGCAACUUGUCGGUCGCAGAGGUACACAGUUGCUCCUAGCAUGACCGUGAUCCGAUCAGCAACCCCAAGAGUCUGACUCCCGUGUGGGGUGCCUUAGUGCUGGGGCCUGGUCACCGCCCACAACUCCAGAGCUGCCAUGGCUGCUGCCUCUACGUCCACCCCUGUCAUUUCACAGCCCCAGUUCACAGCCAUGAAUGAACCACAGUGCUUCUACAAUGAGUCCAUUGCCUUCUUUUAUAACCGGAGUGGAAAGUACCUUGCCACAGAAUGGAACACAGUUAGCAAGCUGGUGAUGGGACUUGGAAUCACCGUCUGUAUCUUCAUCAUGUUGGCCAACCUGCUGGUCAUGGUGGCGAUCUAUGUCAACCGCCGCUUCCAUUUUCCUAUUUAUUACUUAAUGGCGAAUCUGGCUGCUGCGGACUUCUUUGCCGGGUUGGCCUACUUCUACCUAAUGUUCAACACAGGACCCAAUACUCGGAGACUGACUGUUAGCACGUGGCUCCUGCGUCAGGGCCUCAUUGACACCAGCCUGACAGCCUCUGUGGCCAACUUACUGGCCAUUGCAAUCGAGAGGCAUAUUACGGUUUUCCGCAUGCAGCUCCACACGCGGAUGAGCAACCGGCGUGUGGUGGUGGUGAUUGUGGUCAUCUGGACCAUGGCCAUUGUUAUGGGGGCCAUACCCAGUGUGGGCUGGAACUGCAUCUGUGAUAUCGAAAACUGUUCCAACAUGGCACCCCUCUACAGUGACUCUUACUUGGUCUUCUGGGCCAUUUUCAACUUGGUGACCUUUGUCGUCAUGGUGGUUCUCUAUGCUCAUAUCUUUGGCUACGUUCGCCAGAGGACUAUGAGGAUGUCUCGGCAUAGUUCUGGGCCGCGGCGCAAUCGGGAUACCAUGAUGAGUCUUCUGAAGACUGUGGUCAUCGUGCUCGGUGCCUUUAUCAUCUGCUGGACUCCUGGACUGGUCUUGUUACUUCUUGACGUGUGCUGCCCACAGUGUGACGUUCUGGCCUAUGAGAAGUUUUUCCUUCUGCUUGCUGAGUUCAACUCUGCCAUGAACCCCAUCAUCUACUCCUACCGCGACAAGGAGAUGAGCGCCACCUUCAGGCAGAUCCUCUGCUGCCAGCGCAGUGAGAACACCAGCGGCCCCACGGAAGGGUCCGACCGCUCAGCGUCCUCGGUCAACCACACUAUUCUGGCUGGAGUUCACAGCAACGACCACUCCGUGGUUUAGAAAGGAAACUAACUAAGAUGAGACGCGGCCAUCAUCUACUGAGGGAUGAUCAUCCUCCCCCUUCCCAAAGGCACGGGCAGGGUGAGGUGUGAGAGAGAGGAAAAACACACUCGUGUGCUUAAACACUAACCCAUGGCAGUAUUUGUUCCUAGGCCCACCAAGACUUGAUGUAUAUUGAAAAAUUAGCUUAUGGGACAUCCCUCAUCCUACUCCCCGUUCCUUUUGAAAGUAGAAAGUGGAGACCUUGCAAUAGAAUUCAUAAACAGACUCUGGAGUGUCCAUUUACACUACACUAACUAGUCUUCAAAAGAUUUUGUGUGGUUUGGUGCAAGUCAGAAUCAAUUCUGACUAAUUGAAUCCACAACUUCAUUUACAUACAGGCUUCCCUUUUUUUCUUUUUAAAGGAUACAUUUCAUUUAAUAAACAUGUUUAUGCCUAUCAGCAUGCUUGUGAUGGAUAAGACUAUAGACUGUUUUUAAACGAUCAUAACUCCAUUUUUUUUCCUUAUGUAGGAAAACUGUAAAUUAGAAUAACUUUUUUAGAAAGCAUGCAUGUAAUGUAUGUAUGCAGUAUGCUGUACGUAAAAAGAUAAAAGGGUAUUAAUUUUAAAUCUUCUAGGAAAUAGAAGAACCUAGCUGUCAAAGCCAGUAUUUGUUUAGGUUAUGAAACAAACAAUGAUCUAAUCACAAUAUUACCUUUUUUAUUAAAGUGUUGUAACAUGUAUAAAACAAACAGGGAAUGUAAGUUUAUUAUCAGAAGAAUAUGUUGUACUCUAUAAAAGUUAUAGAGAUGAGCACAGUGGUAUUGUUCCCACAUAUUUAUAAUAUCCAAGUACAUUCUAAUUAUUAGUUCAUCAGAGGAAUUUUUUAAUGACCUGUGUUUUUCUGUAUUAUAAUACAUAGUCAUUGUAGAAAACUUGAAAAAUACAGAAAUGUAUAAAACAUUCAGAAAAAAUACUGAUAAUAUCACAACCCAGAAGUAACCACCAUUAAGAGCUUUUCCCCUGUGUAUGCCUAUAUGUAUAUUAUAUACCUUUUUAUAUAAUUGGGAUCAUACUGUAAACAGUUUUAUAACCAGUUUGUUUUUUCCACUGCAUAAUUGCCACAUUUUCCUAUGGCAUUAAAAAUUUUACAAAAACAUAAUUUUAAUGGCUAUGUAAUAUUCCAUUUAAUGGAUGCAACUCAGUUUAUUUAACCAUUCCUGUAUUGUUGACUACUUAGGUUAUGUCUAAUUUUCACUAUUAUAAAUAAUGUUGCAAAAAUUUUAUGUACAUAAAACUUUGUCCAUGUAAUUGAUUAUUUACUUAGGACACAUUCCCAUGAAGGAUUUUUUUUUUUAAUGUGAAAUGUCUUUUUAUGCUCUUACCUUUUAUAAAAGGGGAUUUCCUGCUUUUGCCCUAUGUAGGUGGCAAUUGUGAGGAAAGCCAGUUAAAUUACCUUUUUACAAAGGAAAUGCAGUGGUUACUUUAGUUGAGAGUGACUUUUUUAUAUAACAAGAUGGACUAGAAACAGUCAACUGCCACAAAUAGCCAGGAUACCCUACUCAAUAUGUCUAGCAAUUCCAAAUCUCAUUUGAGCAAUGGAUGAACCAGCUCUCAGUAGCCACAACUCUAGUGUAGGAUUGAAGACAAUGCAAAGAAAUCAAACAUGCCAAGUGAAUAAAGGAUCAUCUUCAUAU